GAGUGUGAUGUGGCGUCUUCUCAGCGGGGAGAAUCCUUCCCUCUAGUGAGGAUUCUUUAAGACAGAAAACAACAUUUGCUUCCUUUAAGUCAUAAUGGGCAACCACCAAGUUUCAAACAAGCAUCUGGACUGAGGGCACUUUGCUGCUUUGAGAGAAACUGAUCAAAUUUGAGAAAACAAGCUGCAACGAAUGCUUCAAGGUCGGCUUACGAGCUCAGGAAAAGUGGGUACAGACGACCUCUGGCAGCGCAGCGAGCGCGGGCUACGCAACUGGGAACUAGGAAGCUUUGCUCCGCUCUGGACUUUGUCCCUCCCAGAUUUCAGCCUGCGAGCUGUCGCUCCACGUUGCAGUCCGAGCCAAUUGCAAAAGACCUAACCAAGCCCAACCCAGCGGAAGGAACGGUUUCGGGGUUGUUUAUUUGUCUUUGAUAAAGGAGACUUUCCUUGCUCUCGCUUUUAUUCUCUCUGCUGUGAGACCUAGCAACGCUCCAGAAAUUACUUAGAGUGCUUGGUAAAAGAAAACAAACCAAAAGCUCAGCCGAAGCUCGCAGCAACGUAAAGGAUGAGAUUCUUCCUGGACUGCAUCCUGCUUCUGCCCUUACUGCUCGUCUUCUCCUUAGAGUCUCUCCUAAAGCUUUUUAUUCCUAAGAAGAGAAAAUCAGUAACUGGAGAAAUCGUCCUGAUAACCGGAGCUGGACAUGGAAUUGGGAGGCUGACCGCCUACGAAUUUGCUAAACUUAAAACCAAACUGGUCCUGUGGGAUAUAAAUAAGCAUGGAAUUGAGGAAACAGCUGCUGAAUGCAGGAGACUGGGUGCCAAAACUCAUACCUAUGUGGUGGACUGCAGUAACCGUGAAGAUAUUUAUACUUCCGCCAAGAAGGUGAAGACAGAAGUUGGAGAUGUUGGUAUCUUAAUAAAUAAUGCUGGUGUAGUGUACACAUCAGAUUUGUUUGCUACACAAGACCCUCAGAUUGAAAAGACUUUUGAAGUUAAUGUACUUGCACAUUUCUGGACUACAAAGGCAUUUCUUCCAGCAAUGAUGAGUAAUAAUCAUGGUCACAUUGUCACUGUGGCUUCAGCAGCUGGGCAUACUGUGGUCCCUUAUUUAAUGGCUUAUUGUUCAAGCAAAUUUGCUGCUGUUGGAUUUCAUCAAGCUUUGACUGCAGAACUGAAUGCCUAUGAAAAAACUGGAAUCAAAACAUCAUGUCUCUGUCCUAAUUUCAUAAACACUGGCUUCAUCAAAAAUCCAAGUACCAAUUUGGGACCCACUCUGGAACCCGAGGAAGUGGUCAACAAGCUGGUGAAUGGCAUCCUGACUGAGCAGAAAAUUAUUUUUGUUCCAUCCUUUCUAAGCUUUUUCUUACUGGUAGAAAGGAUCUUUCCUGAGCGUUUCCUGUCAAUUUUAAAAAGAAGGAUCAAUGUUAAGUUUGAUGCAAUUAUUGGAUACAAAGAUAAAGGGCAAUAAGUGCUUUUUUUUUUUUUUUUGAAAACUCAUCUACCAAGUUUCAAUUGACUUCAUCUAAUAUUAUUGACAAUUUUCAUGUUUGAACUUCUGACAUUCCUAAAUAUUUUUUUUUUUUUUUUGGUAUCAUCUUUUGAGGCUCCGGCAGUCUUGUGUACCACUUACUCUGUUGCUAAAAGCUAAUUUCUUCAAGAGCAAUAUCUUAGGAAUUGACCUUAUGGAAAAUAGAGCAAAAGAACAAUUUUACUAUAAUUUCUAAGAUUGUGUGACUCAUAUUAUGGCUUUCCAAAUUUGUACUAGAAAUGUUUAAGAUUUUUUAUUUUUAGUUAUACUUAAAAUUUAUAUAAUGUACCUUUUCUGUUCUAGUCUACCUAUAAACAGAAACUUCAAGCUCUCUAAACGCAAGGACUCUACCUUGUGGCAUAUCAUAAUGAAUUUCAUUGAUGUAAGAAAUAAUUCUUGAACAUUUCAUCCUACACAUCCACUCUGUUUCCUGACAAAUACCUCACAUUCCAAUGCCAAACAUUUUAGCAUAAGUAAACUAGAAAUGGACACAUGUUGCAAGAAUUAUUGUAUCAUGGGGUUUGAAGCAGAGAAUUGGGAUAAUGCACCAAUAAGUGGCAAUAAUAAAUGGAUGAAAAAAAUGGAUGAAACUUAAACUUCUGGUGUUUCCAUAUUUUUGACUUGAACAUGACUUAAGCAAUGUAUUUUUUUUAGUGUCUAAAAUGUAUUGGACAUGAGUGAGAUUCAUUGAGAUGGGACUAUAAGAUGAAAUGUAUAAAUUAAAAAAAUAAGUAGGUGGGGCUUCUACUAAAGAAAAAUAUUUUCAAAAUUCAUACUCAGAAAACAUACACUUUUGAAAUGCAAAUGAGCCACAUACAGAAAUUUCAGAGUAAAAUAUUUUAAUCCAGUUUUUAAGCAGAAACUAAUAUUAAUUUAACAUGUGUAGGUACUAUUUUAAACUCACAAAUUAAGUCUUCUCAUCAGUGCCACUCAGAUUAUAAGGCUCAUCUGAUAAUCUGUUUAAGGAAGGCCAUACUAAGACUAUAACAUAAGAAAAUUUAAUAGAAGAUGUCAUUCUUACAAUAAAUUUCUCUUUGCUAUUAAAAAAUCAAAAUACAAUUGUUACUGGUCAACUUUAGUUUAUAUAAAUACAUAUCUGAGUCAAAAAUGUUGCUUUCCAAAACAUCAUUAAACGGCCUCCCUAGUGGAGCAAGGGGCUAAUAUAUCAGCACUAGCAAGCUAUCACCAGCCACUGCAGCCAACUUCUAUCCCCAGCCAGGGAGCUACCCACAUGGCAUGGCAGACCUCUCCUGUCUCGCCUACUGCUCUCCUCAGCAGUAUACUUCGUCAGUCUGCCUGUUCUGUUCCCCACUCUGUCUCUGGAGAAUCCUCUCACCCUCCCACAUAUCUAGUCUGUA